AUGAUGAAAAGUAAUUUUAAAAUUCAAUCCAGACUGAUGUAUAGAAAUUCAUCAACAGUGCUUCUUCGGACCUUCAUGAACAAGCCUUCAUUGGUCUAUGAGCAAUUCUAUUUUCAUACAGACUCUUCCACACGAGAGUCUGAUGGAAAUCUGCACCCACCCAGGAUCACUCAAUUUUUCUCAUGCUAUUCUUCAGCUCAAUUUGCCAUACCGACCACUCACGUUCAUAAACCAAAAUGGAUUCAAGUUCCACAACUAUUACAAUCAUGCAAUUAUGUGUUGGAGAGUGAAAUUAAAGUUCCACAACAAAUUCCAAUUGAAAUUGUCAAACAAGUGCAUGACCAUACCUAUGUCGACAAGUUUUUGAAUGGUACCAUUACACAUAAGGAAAUGAAACGCUGGGGUUUUGAGAGUGGAUGGAAUGAAUUUGUAAGAAAUCGCGUCUUGCACACCAUAGGCGCAACAGUAAAGGCCACACGAGAUGCAGUGUUUCAUAAUUAUUCGAGAAGAGCAAGUAAUUUGGCAGGAGGUGGACAUCAUGCUUUUCAUGAAAAAGGUGGAGGAUACUGUAUUUGGAACGACAUUGUGCUUGCAGGACAGUAUUUAAUUAACUCUGGGUUGUGCAUCAAUGGAAGGAGGUAUUUAGUUAUUGAUCUUGACGUUCAUCAAGGAGAUGGAACAGCUCGGCUUGCACGUGACUUACAUGAAGGAAAGUCUUUCACAUUCUCAAUGCAUUGUAAACAUAAUUUUCCUGAGCAUAAGGAAAAGAGUGAUUGGGAUAUUGAACUUGAGAAUGGAAUGAGGGAUGAGCAGUAUUUGAAAAUUCUUGAAAAAAGUCUAUUCACGCUUGAACAAGAAUUUAAAGGAAAAAUUGACUGUAUAUUUUAUCAAUCAGGAGUGGAUGUUUUAGAAGGUGACAGACUGGGACUACUAUGCUUGUCACCAGCUGGUGUGUUAAGACGUGAUAGAAUGGUGGCCGAAUUUGCCGAAAGAAUGGCUCAGUACGAUCAAAAAUUUAUAAAAAGCCGUGACCCACAACACACCAAUGUUCAAGCUCAAGAAACAGUUCCCAUUGUGUCAAUGAUGGGAGGAGGAUACAUAAGAUCAGAGAAUGGAAAUCCUUUAGAACGAGUGGCACAGGCACAUGCAGAGACUGUAAACACACUUAGAAAUCACUGGGUUUUAAAUCAAAAUGCAAAAUCGCAAUUUAUUUUACCUCAUCAAACAGCGAUUCAAAAUGAAAGAACAGGCAGAUGGAGGCAAGAGAUGGAUGCCAGACCACAAGUGUAUUGA